UUAAACGUGAAGAUGUCGGAGUCCGGCUCGGCCACCAAGCGCCACAAUCCGGUGGACAGCAUCCGGCGCAAAAUCAAAACCAUCGAGAUGCGAGAUCAGGACCCCAGCCCGCACUUACAGAUCCCAAAGUACCAGUCCCGGAAUUUUGACAGCCCCCAGUCCAGCACCAAGAAGAACCUGGAGGAGGUCCUGAAGAACCGAGCCAUGAAGAACACCAGCAAGGACCUGGUCAGCUUCUCCAGUCCCGGGACCAGCGUCUUGUUCUCCCCCACCGCACCGGCUCCCAGUCUACAGCGGGUGGCGUCCUGCGAUUCUCCGCUCGGCACUGCUCUCUACUCCACCAGCCUGGUGCCCAAGGAGCAGAACAAGAAGCUGUGGGCGACCUGCGGGACCCAAAGCUGCUCAACCCCCCUAGUGGGGCCCCGAGAAUCUCCCUUCAAGUUCCAGUCCGUCCUGCCGGGGUCUGAGUACAAGAGCGUCAUCCUGGAGGACAGAAUCCUCUCCGUCCCCAACUUAUACGACCGCAAGUCCGACCACUUCACCCUGAGAUCUCCUGUGGUGAAGAGACUGUCCAUGAGCGAGGGCGGAGGUCUGAGGCGGAUGAUAGAGAAUAAGCCGGAGCCGCCCGCUGAGGUCAGCCUGAUCUGUGAGGAGGACUUGUUGGACAGCAUCUUCCACGCAUGUGACACGGAGCACAGAGGUAAAGUGGCCGUGUCCAAGAUAGUGGAUUACCUGCGGUACACGACCAGUCGCGGCUCGGAGGACAGCGGUCUCAGCGAACUGUGUAACAUGCUGGACCCCGAGAGGAGGGACAUCUCCAUGGACCUGGACACCUAUCACGCCAUCAUGAGGGAGUGGGUGGACGACUGCCGCAACAAUGGGACCGAGAACAAAACCAAGGAAUCGGUCCUGGUGGCAGAUGAUUCCAUGAUGAAGCUGCGGGAGAGUAUACGUGCCGUGCGCAGGAUUUCCGGCACAACCAUGAAUGUAACGUGUGGGAGUUUGGAGGCUUUUGGAGGCGAAAUAUCCCGAGGAGACCUUGACACCUCGGACCUAAUCACCUGUAUCGCUGAUCUCCAGUAUAAUAACCAGAAGCUGCAGGAACAGCAGAGUAAACUGAAGGCGGCCAUUGAAGCGCAGGAAGAAUCCAACCACCGACUCCUGGAGGAGAACGAGGAUCUGCGGAACCAGUUGAAGAGUGCUCAGCAAUCCAACACCAGAGUGCGGACCCUAAAAGGCGAAGUGGAAGAGUUAAAGCUAAAUAUGGCGGCGCUGGAGGAGUCGAAGUCCCUGUUGGUCGCCCAGAACAAGCAAAUGGAAAAAGAGAAUCUGUCCAUGAUCCACAAGAUCAGUUCUCUGCAGGAAGAGAAUUUGCGCAGCGCGCUGGAAGUUGAAGAGAUCCGAAGAUCUUUGUCUCAGGUCACUGAUAAAGCUUCCGAGCUCCAGUCACAGUUGGCGAGUUUCGAGAGCGCGCUGCAGAAGAAGGACGCGGGAUUGUUGCUGAAAGAUCUUUACGUUGAGGAGAUGAAGUCCACCCUGAUGGAGUAUAACUGUGUCAUCGAGAACUUGCGAAUUGAGAAGAACAAAUUGGAGAAUAAUCUGCAGCAAAUGGAGCAGGAGCUUCUCUCGAACGGGAUCAGCUCUCCGAUCACCUACAAGCUGAACCGGGUCAUCGGUGGAGGCCUGAACUCCCUGCACAACGAACUGGAGUAUGCGCAGCACUCGUUGGAGGUGUCUAAGUCUGACUGGAUGAGCCCCGAAGGGCGGAUGUCUUCGCUUGAUGUCACUCUGGAUCGGGAGGUCUUGUUGUUGCUCCAAGGACCCAGCCACGAGCAGAUAGCGACAGAGUUCAAGACCAUUUUGCAGGCGCUGCAAGAAGACACCAGCGCGAUGGCUGAACAAGUGCUCCUCCCCCUCCAGCACCUGAUCGAGUCUGAUAUCGAUGUGAAGGAUCUGUCUGGGAAGAUGCUGGAGAUAAUACAAAAAGAUUUCAGGGAAAGAAGGAAAAACUGGGAACAGAAACUGAAGGAGCUGGAGAAGCACAAAGAAUCCCAGGACAAGGAGAUCGCAACGGUGUCGGGAAACCUGCGGAGGAUGAAGACGGAACAACUGCACCUAAAGAAGGAACUGACCGCCAGAACCCACGAGCUGGAGGCUGCCAGGCACCAUCAGGAGGAAGCCGAGGGGAAGAACGCCGCCGUCCUCGCCCAACUCCACGACUCGGCCUGCAGACAAGCGGAGCUGGGCGCACAGAUUGAGGAGCUGGAAGCUUCUCUCCACACCGUGCGAUCAGAGGCGGAGGAGCGGCAGAGGGACCUGGCGGAAGCGCAGAGGCAGCAGCGAGAGCUGCAGACGGCGGUGGAGGGGUUAACCAGCGAGUGCCGGAGCCGAGAACAGAAGGCGAUCGAGCAGGAGGAGACCAUAAAAGUUCUGCGGAGCCGGCUGUGGGAUCACCAGGCAAGUGAAGGAUCCGGACGUCUCCCGCCUGCACUCAAGGAGGAGGCUCAGCUCGGAUACACUCCGCUAUUAGAUGCUCUGUCGCUGGAGGCGGGGCAGCGAACGGCGAACCAACAAAAAGCGGACGCAAACCUGAGAGAAUCUGCAGCAUCACAAGAGGUGACAUCACUGAUCCCAGAGCGGCCAAAACUCGCAACGAAAGGGAUUCAGACGGAUGAGGAGAUUGUUACCGCGUCUGAGAUGGAGAAAUCCUCCUCAAAGGUAAGAACCAGAUAG